UGCGCAGGCGCCGCUCGGGGCUCGGCGUCUGCCCGCGGGGCGCGGCGCGGUUCCGCGUAGCGCGGCCGCUCCUUCCCCGCCCCGGAGGGCCCCGCACGGCGCCAGUGAGCGCCCGGCGGGGCGUGCGCGCCCCUCCUUCUCCCUCCUUCCCCUCCCUCCCUUCUUCCCUCCUUCGCCUGCCUCUCUCCGCCCGCCGUGAGGGCGGGAGGGAAGCGGCAGCCCCGAGCGGGAGCUGAGGGAGGCGGCGCGCCGGGAGCCAUGCGGGAGUACAAGGUGGUGGUGCUGGGCUCGGGCGGCGUGGGCAAGUCCGCCCUCACCGUGCAGUUCGUGACGGGCUCCUUCAUCGAGAAGUAUGACCCCACCAUCGAGGACUUCUACCGCAAGGAGAUCGAGGUGGACUCCUCGCCGUCGGUGCUGGAGAUCCUGGACACGGCGGGCACCGAGCAGUUCGCCUCCAUGCGAGACCUCUACAUCAAGAACGGCCAAGGCUUCAUCCUGGUCUACAGCCUGGUGAACCAGCAGAGCUUCCAGGACAUCAAGCCCAUGCGGGACCAGAUCAUCCGGGUGAAGAGGUACGAGAGGGUGCCCAUGAUCCUGGUGGGCAACAAGGUGGACCUGGAGGGCGAGCGGGAGGUCUCCUUCGGGGAGGGCAAAGCCCUGGCCGAGGAGUGGAGCUGCCCCUUCAUGGAGACCUCGGCCAAAAACAAAGCCUCGGUGGACGAGCUCUUCGCGGAGAUCGUCAGGCAAAUGAACUACGCCUCGCAGCCCAACGGGGACGAGCAAUGCUGCUCCUCCUGCGCCAUCCUCUGAGGGCAGCAGGGGCUGGCUGAGGGGACACGGCGGUGGCGGCCGGCGGGGAGCGGCGGCGGGAGCGGCCCCGCAGCCCCGGCCGGAGCCCGCCCUCGGCGAGCCGCCGAGAACGAACACACACACACAAAAUCGAGAAACAAGAUAUCAUCGUGUUGGAAAUGUGGCUUUUUUCGGCAUGUACGUUUCGUCCAGUCUUGGUCGUUGAGUAUAUUUGUGUCUGCCCCGCGCUGGCAGCGGGCACGGGGCGGAGAGCUCCGGGCAGGAGCGGAGCCUGCAGCCCGAGAGAACGGAGCUGGGGCGGGGGAUCCCCCCCUCCCCGGGGCACGCCGAGGAGGUCGGCGGUAGCGAUGCUGAGCCUCUCUCUCGGGCACACACUGAGGAGAUCGGCGGGAGCGGUGCUGAGCCUCUUCUUUCCCCGGCAUACACGGAGGAGAUCGGCAGGAGCGGUGCUGAGCCUCUUCUCCCCCGGCACACACCGAGGAGAUGGGUGGGAGCGGUGCUGAGCCUCUUCUCCCCCCGGCACACCGAGGAGAUGGGUGGGAGCGGUGCUGAGCCUCUUCUCCCCUCGGCACACCGAGGAGAUGGGUGGGAGCGGUGCUGAGCCUCUUCUCCCCCCGGCACACAGAGGUGAUCGGCGGGAGCGGUGCUGAGCCUCUUCUCCCCACGGCCCACACCGAGGAGAUGGGUGGGAGCGGUGCUGAUCCCCACCCCCAACACGCUCCUUGGGACACGCCGAGAUCGUCGAGGCCGGUGCUGAGCUUCCCUCCCGGAGACCGAGCCCCCCCGGGACACGCCGAGAAGAACGGCGGGAGCAGUGCCCAUCUGUACCCCCCCCACUCGAGACACGCGUGGAGCCUCCGCCGCCGGCCCGAGGAUCGCUAUGCAAAGUUGAGGGUGGCAGCGCCGGGUGCUGACCCUGUGAAACCAGUGUGUGACUGGAAGGCUGUGCUCAGCAGGCAGCUUUAGGAAGGUAGAGUGACUUUAAUGCAAGAGGGCCCUGUAAGAUCAGGCCCUUCCUUACUGGAAAGGGUGGUGGCUUGUUGGGAUUAAAUUCUGCAGGUCAGUUAUCCACAAAAUGGGAGCUUUUGAUCUGAUUGCAUUAUAACUCCUUAAAGUUAUGCAUCAGACCAGUAGUUCAUAGAAUCACAGAAUCCUGAGCAGUGUCCAGGGCAGUUCCCUCUGCUGAGGAGGGCUCCAGGGUUAAGCCAGGCUUUGCAGCAGCCCUUAAGGGGCAACCACAGAAUUAGUCAGGGUUGAAAGGGACCACAAGGAUCAGCCAGUUCCAACUCCCUGCCAUGCUCAGGGACACCCUACCCUAGGUCAUGCUGCCCACAGCCUCAACCAGCCUGGCCUUAAACACCUCCAGGGAUGGGGCCUCAACCACCUCCCUGGGCAACCACUGCCAGGCUCUCACCACCCUCAUGUUGAAGAACUUCCUCCUCACGUCCAGGCUGACUCUCCCCACCUCCAGCUUUGCUCCAUUCCCCCUAGUUCCUUGGAAGUGUUCAAAAAAAUAAAAAGCCUGGCUGGGGCACUUAGUGCUAUGGUCUAAUUGGUUGGGCAGGGCUGGGUGCUAGGUUGGGCUGGAUGAGCUUGGAGCUCUCUUCCAACCUGCCUGAUUCUAUGAUUCUGUGAUUCUUUCUGGAUGUGCAGAGGGGUUGGAGUGGGAGUACAUCUGUACCUUCUGUCAUAGGGAGUUUGUUCACCUCCCUUUCAUAGCCCUUUAAAUUAACACAACCCCCCCUGAAACCUGUGUUUUUCUUUACUUCCCCCUCCCCAAGGAGACUUGAAAUUCUCUUACAGCAUGAAAACAAAAGCUGAGGACUGCUGAGUAAAAGGGGUUUUAAAUCAGGCCAACUAACUAGUGUGACUGCUACCACGAGUCUGAUAAUUUAUUCUAAGUAGGAAAACUUUUUGCUUCAGCUCUGGAAGAGGAAUGUUUAGGCUGAGUUCCAUUCUGUGGAUUGAAAUGGAAAUGAUAAUCUUGUGGUUUAGUCAAAAAUUGGAUACUUCUUUUAGCACCACCCAGCAUCUAAUGACAAUUAGAAGAUGAAAUGUUGAAUUGAACUCUUGGGAGCUCAGUUGUGUCCUUCAAAAGGGCAGGGACCUGUUCUUGAUGCAAUCAGUCAGGUUGUAUCAGAUACAAUCAAUCUGGUUGUAUGAGCCAGGCUGAUACAAUCACAGUUGAAAACAAAGGGGCUGCUUGGGGCCUUCACACCACCUAUUGGUCCAGCCACCCGUUUUUGAAGUGACAACUGAAAACCUCUUUGCAGCUGAUCUCCCAGAAAGGUCUGCAGAUGAUUUAGAAGCCACCACCUCCUCCAGGGUGUCUUGUGAGAGGGAUGAGGGAACGAUGGCUCCUUUCAGCAAAGACACUGCACUGAAAACUAGGAAAGCUCCACUGCUGCUGUGUCUGCAGCAGGAAAAAUGCCAGAAGUGUGUUGUGUGUCUGGGCUACUGCUAUGGUUCAGUUUUGCCUUAAAAUCCAUGGGAUUACCCAUUUUUUUUAGGCACCCAACAGGCCUUGCUCCAGUUCAGCUUGUUGAAAUAUGGGCUGCCCAGGGAGGCAGUGGAGUUCCUGUCCCUGGAGGUGUUGAAGCCAAGCCUGGCUGGGGCACUUAGUGCCAUAGUCUGGUUGGUUGGCCAGGGCUGGGUGCUAGGUUGGGCUGGCUGAGCUUGGAGCUCUCUUCUGUGAUUCAUUCUGUGCUUGUAUGAUAGCAAGUUCUAGGACUGUAGAACCAUUAAGGUCAGAAAAGUCCUCUUAAGAUCACCAAGCCCAAUCUUCUCCCACUUCCCAAAAGCAGGUCUCCCCAACAGACAGCAGGUUCUUCAUGCUUUCAGUUGCUUGGGUUGUGUUGCAAAACUGGGUGGGUUUAGGUCACAGUGCCACAAAAAGGUCACUUCCCCCCACCUCAGCCUGGCAGAGCAGCUGAAGGCAGCCUAAAUAAGUCGUGGAUUCCACUGGGCUGUUUUGCAGAUCCACUCCAGUUCUUGCCAAAAAAGGUGUGUUUGUUUAAACGAGUGGAUCACUUCAGAGACCAUGGCAUGGGGUUCUGAUGGGAGUUCUGAAUGUAUUCUGGUGUUCAAUAUUCUCUUAUGACUUAGUGAGGACACUACAGGACAUAGAGCUCAGUCCUCUGAUCUUCCAAAUGCUCUGAAGUGUUCUGGUGCUUGUUAAAUGUAGGCCUUGUCUAUAAAGUAGGGGGGGGGGGGGAAAGAACACAGAAAACAAAACAAAAGUCAUACUGCUUUAACUUGACUGAAUAAUCAAAGCUAUAUUAGCUUCUCCACUUGAGGAAAUGUUGUAUCAGUCUAAAGGUACUCUCUUAUUCCUUUUCCCUGUGGGAAUAUGUUAUAGCCGUGUCCAUACAGAGGUGGGAUAUAGCUCUUUUCACACUGAGAACUGCAAAGAUGUCAUUGCUUGGAAGAAACAAACAGACAACAACAACAAAAAAAAAGGACAUUCCCAGCCAAAAAAACAAACCCAGCUCCUUCCUGAACAGGGCAGAAAUGGUGUAAAUGGUGUAAACGAGGCCUUAGUUUAAGGCUGGCAGUCUCAUGGCCACAUGGUGAUUUUUGCUGUACAUGAUGAUUGUAUUUCCUAAAAAUCCCAAGCCUGUUCUGUUGCCAGAAAGCCUGUCUGAAAUCCUGCUCUCUGAUUGUAACCGUGCAGUGUUCUCCACCUCCUGCUCUCAAUACCACUGUGGUUCUUCUCAACACCACGGCUCAGGCUUUGUUGAUGCUGAUGCUCAGGCAUUGAUGAUGUUGAUGCUCAGGUAUUGGUGAUGCUGAUGCUCAAGGCAUUGGUGAUGCUGAUGCUCAGGCAUUGGUGAUGCUGAUGCUCCAGGCAUUGGUGAUGCUGAUGCUCAAGGCAUUGGUGAUGCUGAUGCUCAGGCAUUGUUGGUGCUGAUGCUCAAGGCAUUGGUGAUGCUGAUGCUCAGGCAUUGUUGGUGCUGAUGCUCAAGGCAUUGGUGAUGCUGAUGCUCAGGCAUUGGUGAUGCUGAUGCUCAGGCACUGUUGAUGCCGAUGGUUCUGGAGCUGCUGUUGGAUUCUGUGGCUGUGGGGCUCCUGAUGGUUCUGCUUCUCUCAAAAAAAGAACAAGAAUGUACAGCGAGUUGGUUUGGUUUUUAUUGCAAAGGGCAUUUUAAAUAAAGGGCAGCUGGGCUCUUUA